GUUGUUGAGGAACCUAUAAUGCGCCAUUUGCCUAUCAACUCUUAUAUAGUAGGUCUCUACUAUACGUCAGAAAAGUUGGUUGACAUAGAGGAAUAUGUCUCAGUUUGGAGCAAUGAUUUGAGUCCCGUUUUUGUGGUAGGUACAAUGGUGAAUGGGAAAGUAAAAGGGGACUAUAUUCAUGAUUAUAUUUCAGUUUCUGAAUAUCCACUUGCUGCUAAAUACUGCCUAGGGAUGAUCUGUGAAGCUUUGGAGCAGAAAUGGAAGAUUUUUUGAACUAAUAUUAUAUAUUCAAUUAUAUAGUUAGCCAAAGUAGAAUUUUCUGUUUGGAGGAUGUUAGCUUUGUUUUAUAGGGUUUAUCUAGAACUCGUGAACAUAUUUCUUUUGCAUUGAAGCAAAAUGCCAGUAAAGUGAUAUUUAUUCAAGUGAAAUAGUUGAUGGUUUUUUAUCGGUA